AUGUCGACGACGCAGAAGAAGGAACCGAAUCUGGCGUCGGACAGACGAGGGGGGGGGGUCUCCCUCAGUAGCGAGAUCAUGGUGGCCGCCAUCAUCUUCUUCUUCGUCGUGGUCGUCAUGGUCAUCUUCCUGCACGUCUAUGCCAAGUCCCGCUGGAGAAGGUCCGCCUCCCGCCGCUCCCGCCUUAUCUUCGCCGCCAGCGAUGGCGGCCCCCUAGCCGCCCGCCGUGGGCUCGAACCCACCAUCCUCGCCUCCCUCCCCGUCUGUAUCUACCGCCCUGAGGACUUCAAAGCGGCCGGCGGGCUCGAGUGCGCCGUCUGCCUCUCCGAGCUUGCCGACGGCGAGAAAGCCCGGAUUCUCCCGAAGUGCAACCAUGGGUUCCACCUCGACUGCAUCAACAUGUGGUUCCAUUCCCACUCCACGUGCCCCCUCUGCCGGAGGGCCAUCGGAGCAGUCGCCGAUGUCGAAGACGGGAGCCAGGUUCCGUCGCCGGAGGUAGACUACACCACCGUCGAUUUCACGAGAUCAUAUUUCCUACCCACCAACGUGCUCUUCUGGGGCAAUCAAGAUCAGGUCGCCUCGCUGGCUGGCUCCCCAGAAGCCGUCCCGACUCCCGCUGCUGCCUCGGGGCCUUCGUCGUCUUCUCCGAGCAAGUUGGAAGGGGCCCUGGUGAUAGAGAUACCUGGUCGGCCGGCGGCUGGGCUAGGCCUCUCUUCGCCGCCGGCGUCGGGCAGGGUACCCUCUGAAGAGCUGAAGUCCCCGGUGCCGACCCCGACGCUGAACAGGUUGAGGUCUCUGAGGAGGAUCCUGAGCAGGGAGAAGAAGAUCUCCGGACCUUCCUGCAGUCCGCGAGUCGCCGGUGACAUCGAACAGGGGAUGGGAGGAAAGGAGGGAGGCAUAAGCGGCGGUGCCCUUCCAAGGACGACGGCCGUGAAUCCGUGA